GUUUCUGUUUCUUGAUUUCUGCUCCUCUUUGUCAGUUCUAAGUUCUAACUUGAAAUUAUUUUCACAAAUGGAAUAAAUUAUAAUAAAAGUUAGGCAAUAUUGUAUAGCAGAGAUGCAGUUCACAUCUGAAGAAGCCUAUGCUCGUCUCAUUAGUCAUAAUAUGACUGUGCCACAGCGAAUCAAGGCAACAGGUGACAUAGUUGAUGAUGAAAGUUCCCCUAAUGGGUUAGCAGGUGGUUGGGACUAUGCUAAUGAAAAAUUUGAUAUGAACGUACCAGAAAGAAUACUAGUAGUUGGACAAGACCAGCAUAUAGGCACAAAAGCUCCCCCAAGGGAAAUUCAAUUGGAUAAUGCGGUACUGCCGACAGAUCCUGGUAUGAUACGCGUGAACACUCCUCCGCGAGUAAUAACUCUUGACCAGCACUACUUCCCUUCAGCUGAUGACUUCCUCGCGGAAUCGGCCAGCUCACCGCCAAGGAAUGUGCGAACAACACGCUCGCAAGGCGACGGAGCGCGCGCUGCCACACCACGUUGCGAUAAUUUCAAUGAGUCAACCAUGACCGAGUCUCGAAUUGUUUUGAGAGAUCCAACACCACCAAUGGGAAACGGCGAAGGUCUUUCAACUGCUGAGGAGCUGGUUCAUUUGAGAAGACAGAUUGUCAAAUUGAAUAGGCGUGUCAUGUCAAUUGAGGCUGAACAAUUACAACGUCAGCAGAAAGAAAAAAUAGCUUACGCUAUUGGAAUUGCCUACUUAUUGUUCAAAAUGAUUGCUUGGCUCAAUCGAUCUUAAUCAUAAGAUGAACUAUUUAAUGAAUUGUUGACAUUAUGAAAACUAUUGGUUGAAGCCAUUCUAAAUGUGGCAUGAAGUUUAGAAUUGUCCUUAACAUGGUAUAGAAAAUGGGAUAUGUUAUAAAUAUUUCCUUGAAAGUUAUAAUUUCUUAGUUUUAGGCAAUCUUUUUUACAACCUGUGUACAUUUCUGCAAUUUGUUGUACAGUGAAUAUACCAGCAAUUGUUUAUAAACCACCCAAAACUUCUUUACAUCUCAUGAACUGCGUAUGAAUUGUGAAUUACAUAUUUUUCACAACUAUGAGAAGGUGUGCUGUAGGUCAUUUUUAUUCAAAUAAACGAUAGAAUCCAAAUAAUAUGUGUUGCUUAUUUAUUUUAAGCUUAUUAUAAGGUGUGGUCCAAAAGUAAUGAUAAUGAAUAUUAAACACGGUGAUUAUUGUGAAAAAAUAAUUUAUUUUUCUACACAGUCUCCAAACAAGUCAAUCAUUUUUUUAAACUCAGAAUUCCCUUAGCAAAAAAAAUCUUAUGUUGAUCCUCCAAAUAAGUCUCAACAGCCUCCAUCAAUCACUUCGCUAUCACCUGCAAAUUUCUUGCCUUGAAGGAGUUGUUAUCGCCAGCAACGCAAAGUCAGGAAUUUGUAUUUAGAAUAACCCAAAAUUAGGGGCUCACCUUCGCAGCUUCGGCUUAUUGGUCGCCCUCGGCGACCAGCAUCAGCCUCUACGGCUCGCAGAUUUGCCUGCGAUUUGCCAUAGCGGGCUGGGGCUGUUCUCCCUCCGCGCCUACGGCUUUACAAAAACACUAGGGGUAGGACAGACACGACUAGGUGGAGUCCCAGACUCCACGUAGUCGUGUUUUGUCGUCGUUCUGAUUCGGUUUUUGGUACUGAUUCGACCUAUCUUUAACUAUAAUAAACUGAUAAAGAACAAAAAUGCCGUUCGUACCUUAUAGUAAGGUAAUGGUGGUCCUGGACCCGAUAAUUCUCAGAAUAUAUAGUAGAUAAUAGUGACAUCUAUCGAAAAUCAUAAAAUGUGAAAAAGUUUAAUUUCUAAUCUAUAAAAAGUUUUGAUUUUCUCUAAAUAAACUGAUAAAAACUGUAGGUAAUUAUUGCAAAACUCACUAUCCAUAUUAUAGUUUAAAUAAAGACAUUUUUAUAUAUGUAUUAGCCAGAUCUUAGAAUUAAUAAUAUCAUAAAGUAGUCAAUUAUAGCACGAAAUGAGGGCAUUUAAUUAACAUUGUUUUUGACUAUAUCAUGAUGUAGCUUGACCAAAUCGAUAUUAACAACUAAACACAACAUUGCUAUUUCUUCAUAUUGUUAUAUCUAUACAUAUAAUAAACCUGUAGAAAAGUCGUGUCUGUAAUUCUAAUAUUUUAUUGGAAAAAUAAGUCCAGGGCACUGAAGCCAAAUUAGUGGUUUUUAGAAUUUUUGUGUCUGUCUGUAUUCCCCAUGAAGCUAAUACAAAGGGGAGACGGCAUAAAUAACUGUGCACUGUGAUUCUAAGUAGGUCCUGACGUCAUCAUAGUGGGCGUGGCUUUAGUUAGUUUACUGUCAGCAUUCGUCCUGUGCGCUUAUGUGUUGAAAAAAUCGCAAAUCGGUGUAUUUUCGUAGUAUUAAAAAGAAAAGGAUGAAGUGUUGUGUUUUAUUGUGUAAAAACUACUCAGAUAGACGCUCUGAUGUUAUGGAUGGCAUCACAUUUCAUUUGUAAAUAUUUUUGCACCUAAUUUAUUAAAAUAGUUCUAGAAAAAUCUCUGCGUCGGCUUUCAAAUAUAAUUAAAUAUAUUCGACACUAGAUGGCGAAACUUUGUGUCAUGUGAACUAAAAAUGUAAAGGUAGAUCUCAGUAUUGAUAAAAUAAGCAUACGAAGGUGCUGAAAUUUGUUUUGCAUUCAGACAUAAAGAAAUUUUAAUCGCAAAAUAGCAUUUUUAUAGUUUAUAAUCAUUUUGAGAACAGGCCGUAUUCUCGUCAAGUAAACCUCAUAAAAAGACAAGGCCCUAAUUAGAAUUCAAUUAUUUUUCCCAGUAAUCCCACUUUUAAUAUUAAAUGCAGGAAAUUGUACUUAGGCUGAUUUUUACGAAAUGUUUAAGUUAUAUUUAAGUGCCAUUCUAUAUGCAAAGAAUCACUUAAAUACAAUUUAAUGUUCUUAGAUUGGCAUUCAAAAAGUGCAUUCGGAUGCCUAGUUUGGAAUAAAAUAUUUAUAUUUUAAUUGAUUUAUAAAUAAAAUUAUAUUAAUUAU